UGAACCCAGCAAACUUGUCCCUUAGGAGUAGCCGUACGUAACCUGUUGGACGAACGCGUGAUUUCGGGUACGGAGUCUGUCGCCCAGAGGUCCAAAGACAGUUUCUACACCUGCACCAAGUUGCACUGAGCAAUAUAUUACAAAAAUAUGACAGGCAAGCGUGCAUUAGUCAUUUUGGCAAAGGGUGCAGAGGAGAUGGAAACUGUUAUACCGGUGGACGUCAUGCGUAGAGCUGGGAUUGCAGUCACUGUAGCUGGGCUGACUGGAAAGGAACCGGUCCAGUGCAGUCGUGAUGUGUUCAUCUGUCCAGAUACUAGCUUGGAGGAUGCCCGCAAACAGGGGCCGUAUGAUGUUGUACUUUUACCAGGAGGAGCAGGAGGAGCCCAGAACCUCUCAGAGUCUACAGCUGUGAAGGAAGUGUUGAAGGACCAGGAGGGCAGAAAGGGUCUGAUUGCAGCCAUCUGUGCAGGUACUGGCACCCCUGUUGGAUGCUGGGCUGGCAAACCAUCUCACCGUCAUAUGAAGUCACACAUUUGCUCAAGCCAUCCUAGACAUACUACAAAACACUCUUUAUAUCAGAUUUUCUGACAGUCAGCUUUUAGG